AUGAUCUCUUACGUCUACUGGAAUCAAGAUGUCUCCACCUACCGAGUGACAUGUAUCAACAUUGUCACGCUCACUGGCACCGUCAUUGGUCAAGCGACGUUUGGCUUCCUCGCCGACAAGAAAGGUCGGAAGACAAUGUACGGGAUUGAGUUGCUCCUGCUCAUUGCUUCAACCUUGGGGGUGGUCAUGAGCUCUGAAGGCUAUAAUGAAAGCAUGAGCGUCUAUGCAUGGUUAAUUUGGUGGAGGCUCAUGGUUGGGAUAGGGGUGGGAGCGGAUUAUCCACUGAGCGCCGUCAUAACUGCAGAAUUUGCACCCACCAAACACCGAGCGCGCAUGAUGGCUUGCGUCUUCUUCAUGCAGCCGCUUGGGCAGAUCAUGGGGAACCUCAUCUCACUCGUCGUGGUCGCCAUAUCCCGCCACUCGAACCACGACGAUCUUCAGCGGUCCGUUGACAUCAUGUGGAGGUGGAUUAUUGGUAUUGGCGUGGUGCCGGGAGUGAUCGCUUUGCUUUUCCGCUUCGCCAUCCCGGAAACCCCUCGAUUUCUGCUCGAUAUCGAAGAUGACCCUGUCAAAGCCGAGUUUGACGCCACCCAGCUGUUCGGUGAGACUUCGGUGAACACCGAGAUGGAAAUCGGAAUGUGGUGUGAUUCUCUUGAAGAGUCCAACUUGUCCAAUCGGUCACUUGACGAACGUUCCGAUGCCAGACCCUCGUUUACAGUGACUCCAGCACCGCUAGCAACGCUCAACUCAUCCUGGAAAAUAUCGAAAGCAGAUAUCAAACAAUACUUCUGGACCGAAGGAAAUUGGAGAACUCUGGUCGCCGUGUCCCUGUGCUGGCUCCUGUUGGAUUUCGGAUACUACGGUAUUGGCCUGUCGAACCCCCAGUUUCUUGCCAAGACCUGGGGUAGCUUGCAAAUCUCCGCGUCCAGUCCCAUCUGGAAGACCAAUAGUGAUCCCAAUACUGACAUCUACAACAUGUUCAUGGACACGUCGGUGCAGGCGCUGGUCGUUUUGAACACCGGAAGCUUCGCUGGAGGAAUUUUGUGGAUCCUCUCGGCUUCCCGGCUAAACCGGGUGUCUCUGCAGAAAUAUGGGUUUCUGGCUCUGGCUGCUUUGUUUAUUGCAUUGGGCACCGAAUUCAUUGUGGUGCAGCAAGAAGGGGCUCUGGCAAUCACACUAUACGUGGUUGGACAGUUCCUGUUCAAUUUCGGGCCUAACUCAACAACAUACAUCAUUCCCGCCGAGCUGUUCCCGACUCGUUACCGAUGUACUUGCCACGGCAUCGCAGCGGCCUCUGGGAAACUCGGAUCGAUCUUGGUGCAAGUGUUUUCUCUCUACUACAAGUUCGGAUCCUCGUCACCGGGCGACAAUCAAACGAAGCGCUACGGGACGAUCCUCGUGGUCUUCAGCGCAUGCAUGAUCCUCGGUGCGGCGGUCACGCACUUUUUCAUCCCCGAGGUGCAAGAAAAGGCGAAACGGGGCUCCAUUUGGUCGGGCCGGAGUAAAACACUAGAAGCUCUUGCUCUGGGCCGAUGGAGAGAGCACAGCGAGUCGGUGAUCCGUUCGCGGCCAACGAGGAGUAUUGGCGUUGAUGGACUAUGA